GGGGCUGCCUGGCGGAGCCGACCCGUUUCCCGCCGGCUUGCGCGGAGUCUGGUGUGCGCAGAGCCGUGGGGCCCUGCGGGUGCUGAAGGGCCGGGGUCGUGGACCCCGCAAGGUGUCAGCAGCACGGAGGUGCAGGGUGUCGUCGAGGGUGCGGGGCCGGGCGCAGCCGGCGGCGCGCUCCGCCCCGGGGCCCCCGCCCCCGCCCCUGCUCUGGCCCAGGCCCUGGCUCCGGCCCCUGUCCCGGCCCCGGCCUCGCAGUUCGCCCUCCUGGUGAUGCGCCCCUGCGGCGGGCAGGACGACUCUGCGGCCGAGGGCGUCCCGAGGCAGGCUCCGGCCCUGGGGGACGGCGCCGGGGCGGGCAAGCCCAUUCGGUACCUGUGCGAAGUGGCGGCGGCCGGCGAGGAGGAGGCGGGGGACGACGAGGCCGACCUGCUGGACGCUUCUGACGCCCCGGGGGGAGGCGAGAGCACGGCUAGUUUGGAGGACCUGGAGGACGAGGAGACCCACUCCGGGGGCGAGGGUGGCAGCGGGGGAGCCCGGCGACGGGGCGGCGGCGGGGGCAGCACGAGCAAGACCUGCACCUUCGAGGGUUGCAGCGAGACCACGAGCCAGGUGGCCAAGCAGCGCAAGCCUUGGAUGUGCAAGAAACACCGCAACAAGAUGUACAAGGACAAGUACAAAAAGAAGAAAAGUGACCAGGCCCUGAACUGCAGUGGGGCCGCCCAGGCCGGCAGCGCAGGAAACGUCAGACUGGAGGAAAGUACAGAUAACAUACUCUCCAUUGUUAAACAAAGAACAGGAACCUUUGGGGAUCGUCCUGCAAGACCUACUCUUUUAGAACAAGUGUUAAAUCAAAAAAGACUGUCCUUACUAAGAAGCCCAGAAGUGGUGCAAUUUUUACAGAAACAGCAACAACUAUUAAAUCAGCAAGUUUUGGAGCAAAGACAGCAGCAGUUUCCAGGAACAUCAGUGUGAAGGAAUUUGUCAAGAAGAUUCACAUGUUUUUUAUUUUGUAUAGUAGAUGGACAUAUUUUUAUACUAAAGAUAAAUGGGAUAAGAUAUUCUAGUAAAGCAUAAACAGUCAUUUUCCUAUAAAUGUAUGUGUGCAUUUGAGGAUACAUAAGUAUUGCACUUUGUGCAUCUAAUCCUUUCAUAUUGCCAUGAAUCUGAAGAAACAGCCUAUCUUUCCAAAGUAACAUUUAAUUACACUUGUUUUUAUAAGCAUAGUGUUUCACUUCAGUCAUUGUUACUGAAGGUAAUGAAGCAGUUACUUUCUGUGGAAGUCACAAAAUUAGUACAUAUUAAUCUUUGAUCAUUAGUUCAGUGGUUCUUAUUAAGGGCAGUCAGAAAGGAUGGAUAUGUUUUUGGUAGUCACAGUGACCUUGAAACUCCUAGUUUUUAGUGAAUGGAUCAGGAAUCCUAAAUGUCCUACCAUGUCUGGAAUGACCGUUCACAACUAAUGAUUAUCUCACCCACAAUGCCAGUAAUCCUCCUCUUAAGAAACACUGAUAGUGUGAAAAUGAGUGGGAAAUAUCAGUGAGGGUGACAGAACAUGAGACACUCCUAACUCUAGGAAAUGAACAAGGGGUGGUAGAAAGGCAGGUGGGCGGGGGAUGGGGUGACUGGGUGAUGCGCACUGAGGGGGCACUUGACAGGAUGAGCACUGGGUAUUAUGCUAUAUGUUGGCAAAUUGAACUCCCAAUAAAAAAAUAUACAAAAAAACCCCACUGAUAGUUGUGAUACUACUUGUGAUAAUAAAAUGUAGUUGGGGUACCUAGAAUUGGGUUCUUGAAAUAACUUUUUCUUCACAGUUAAGACUGAAGCUGUCAAAGAGGUAAGUGUAUUUUAAAUAUAUAAGGAAAAUGAUCAUUGUUAGUUAUCUGUGAAAUUAGGAUGUGUAUUUCUUUCCCAGAGAUGUGCUGGUAAAACCUAGGAGAGGAGCUUAAUAAGUACACUGGAAUGAAAGCCUCUCUUCUAAAGUUGGCUUCUCGCUUCAUGUUAACUACUUGUGUUACUCUUUUAAAGCAGACUUGUUGAAUUUGUGAACAGGUAUAGAUGUAUCUCAUUCUACCAAUGUCAAGACGAAAACCAUUUUUUAAAACUCAUUUCCUUUUCAAAAUAAGAAUAACACUCCCGCAUUUUUUCAGGAGCUUUCAAAAUUGAGCUAAUUUAAGACCGUGUUAUUCCUGAAGUAAUGUUCAAAGAAUGAUGGGUCAUCUGGAUAGAUACUUUUUUCUUGCAUUGUCUCCUAGGAAAACUUUUAAAAGGCAAACCUAUCAAUAAGAGUCAAAAAUCAAAUGUCAAGAGAGUAUUUCCGGGCAGCCUGGGUGGCUCAGCGGUUUAGCGCUGCCUUCAGCCCAGGGCAUGAUCCCAUGUCGGGCUCCCUGCAUGGAGCCUGCUUUUCCCUCUGUCUCUGUUGCUACCUCUCUGUUUCUUAUGGGUAAAUAAAUAAAAUCUUUUUUUAAAAAGCAUUUCCAAUGUUAGAUAAUUUAUGUUUUUGGUUUUUUUUUAAUUUUUAUUUAUUUAUGAUAGUCACAGAGAGAGAGAGAGAGAGGCAGAGACACAGGCAGAGGGAGAAGCAGGCUCCAUGCACCGGGAGCCCGAUGUGGGAUUCGAUCCCGGGUCUCCAGGAUCGCGCCCUGGGCCAAAGGCAGGCGCCAAACCGCUGUGCCACCCAGGGAUCCCUAAUUUAUGUUUUUUAAGUUUGUGCAAAAGUGUGUUGGUUUCUUAGGUUUAAAGCCCUAAAAUGUAUAUUAAGUUAAACUUUAUUUAUUUAUUUAUUUACUUACUUACUUAAAGAUUUUAUUUAUUCAUCCAUGAGAGACACACACACACACACACAGAGGCAGAGACACAGGCAUAGGGAGAAGCAGGCCCCACAAAGGGAACCUGACGUGGGACUCGAUCCCAGGGUCCAGGAUCAGUCCCUGGACUGAAGGUGGGCACUAAACUGCUGAGCCACCUGGGCUGCCCUCUAUUUUUUAUGUGUGUUUUGUGUCUGUAUAUAUGUGC